UGUCAAUAAAUAGUUUGCGAGGGUUUGAGUGAAGAGAAUAAUCAUAUAUAUGUAACUGGUAGUAAUAUAAUAUAAAUUUAAUAAUAAUCAUAAUUCAAAAUUGUUGUAUUUUACAAUGGUAUAAUUUUACGAAACUACCUAUGAAAAUAGUAACAAGUUGUUAAAUUAAACGCUAAAUCGCGCUAUUUGGACUUUGUUUUAAAGCAACCUUCGAAAUUAUGAAAAGUAGCGAAACAUAACCUCAAACGUCACACUAUAUUCAAUAUAAACAAAAGUCGUGUUUUUGAAAGGUAUGUAAUUUGCAUUUGAAAUGGCAUUGAUCUUUGGAGUUUACUUUGGUGUGUUCACCUCACUAUUAGGUGGGGGAUGAGUAUAGAAAAUGAGAAGGAUAAUCUAAUCUUCAGAACGUGCAAAGUGUUUUUUUUUUCUAAGAAGAGUGAAAAAAGUCGCAGUCAUAAUGAAGCAAAUGGAGUUUCACGACUUGCUUGCCGAGAGACGUCAAGAUUGUGAUAUCCUUUGGGUAUCACGUUCAACAAAUCCUCUACCACCACAUAAAUUGCCACCGGAAUUGAAAUAUUCGCGUAAUCAAUCAAUUCGUGCAACCCUGGUAAAUCCACGAGUUGUCAUGGUUAUCGAGAGUUUGGCUGCUGCACGUCAGGUCGACAAAUCUGUCAUCGUCGCGGAAGCUCGUGCAAUGCUUGAGGAAAUGGCCAGUAAAGCUCAUCUUCCAACUGUCCGCUGGCUAGGCUUACUUAUUACUAAAGUAAUGAAGAGAAUUUUAAUAAGUGUCCAUUUGAAUAAACAGUUUUUGUUGACUAUUAAGAAUCAAAUGAGCGUUUCUCAAGUACAAUACGUUUACGCUCCAUCGCACAGAAGUUAUCUGGACUUUGUUUUGAUGUCUUAUAUUCUCUUCUCGUAUGACAUGGCUCUGCCAAAUAUUGCCAGUGGAAUGGAUUUUUAUCGAAUGCAAGUGGUUGGGGAACUUUUACGAAAAACCGGUGCAUUUUAUAUGAGAAGAACUUUUUCCACUGAUAAACUUUAUAAGGAAAUUUUUCGCGGUUACAUUGCAUCGAUAGUUGCUCACAGUGAUCGAGCUAUUGAAUUUUUCAUCGAAGGCACAAGAAGUAGAAGCCAAAAAAGUCUUGCUCCAAAGUUUGGUUUAUUGUCUAUGAUUUUGGAUGUACUUUUUCGUAGUGACGUUUCCGAUAUUCAAUUUAUACCAAUCAGUAUUAGUUACGAUCGUCCUCUGGAGGAAAAUUUAUUCGCCUAUGAAUUGCUCGGUGUGCCAAAGCCAACGGAGAGUACAACGAAAUUAUUAAAGUCACUCUCAAUUUUACGUGAAUCAUUUGCUCACGGACAUGUUUAUUUUAAUUUUUCCGAGCCAAUUUCAGCGAGACAGUAUUUAGACAUGCACAUUCGUAAAACAAGUGCCUUAUCGCCAAAUGCAAAAUUACCAACUGAAACUGUCAUCAAACUUGCUUAUUCAAUUAUCGAUAAACACAAACGUAAUUCUGUACUUAUGCCAUUUAAUAUUAUUGCACUUUUAUUUAACGAGAGAGUAUAUUCACAUCCUGGACAAACGUAUAAUUUCGAUAAUUUACUUCAAGAUUAUAGUUGGAUGAAAAAUAUUCUAGUCAAUUCCAUUGGAGCUUUAGUAUUUCCCAAAGACGCGGGCACACGUGAGAAAACGGACAAGGAGGAAAUUUUCGAAUCUCUACAUAUUCACAGGGACUUAAUUGUGAUUGAUUCGUCAAGUAAUUUGGGUCUUAAAGAAAGGCAUAAAAUUGUCAAGACGGAUAAAAUUGUUAAUGUCAAGGGACAUUAUUUAAGUGACGAGACAAUUAGAAUUUCCGUACCGUUAAUUACUCUCGCCAUUUAUGUGAAUCCAAAUUUGGGAUUUUUGGCGAAACACGCAAUAUUAGCUGUCUGCAUCAGAGAACAGGAAAAUUGUACUAUUUCCAAAGAAACAAUAAUGGAACAUUAUUUAUUGUUGAGAAAACUUUUGAGCACGGAAUUUGCAUUUGAAACGAAAAUCACUGAAACAAUGGCUCAAUCCGAAUGGAGGGAAAUAUUGUCAUUCUUGAUAAAGGAAAAUUGCGUUCGAGAUUUUGGCGAUACGUUGAUAAUGGGACCGAAUAAAAAAUUACAUUCUUUAUUGUGUAAUAUUAUGUUACCGUAUGUAGCAGCUGUCAACGCAACCUGCAACAUUCUAUUAAAGUGGGAUGAAAUGAUAAUGAGCGAAUUAAACGAGAAAAAUGUAAUCAAAGAAUGCCAAAAAUUAAUGGAGGAAACACUCUACAAAGAAGAUAAUGCAUUUAAGCAUCCAUAUUCACUGUCAAUUGAUUUAUAUUCAACAACAAUCGUUAGUUUAGUGGAAAUCGGUGUUGUGACAAUUUUAGACAGAUCAGAGAAAACUGUUUAUCAAGUAAAUAAAAAUAUUUUAUCAAUUUACACUUCUAUUUUAGAUGGCAUGUUACGUCAGAGCAAAGCAAAGUCAUAUUUUGACAUUGCACCGAAUUUAAUUUCAAAUACUUGUAACAAUAUCCAAGCCAAAUUGUAAUAAAACGUGUCAAAAAAUUUUCUUUAUUUAGA